UAUUCGGUUGUGUAUUUUGGUACCCACGCGACAAUUAGGAAGUGAUGUUAAACAAAAGCUUAAUUAACGUGUGUGUUUAAAAACAGUUUGACGAGGUGACAAACGGAUAUGUGUUAGGUGACUUCUGUGUUGAGUGUCCCGAGGGAAGGGCUUUUUCCUAAGAUGGGACUUCGACGGGUUAUUCAUUUGCUGGUGGCAGUGAUCGUACCAGUACUUGGUGAAAUCGAAAUGGAAUUCACGAAAUACCCAGAGUCGGUAACAGCUCCCGUUGGAGACGAGGUGACCUUUGAAUGUGCAGUGCGUGUUCCUGGUGAACGGCUGCAGUGGAGGUGGAGACCAGCUAGCGAUAGCGACUGGAACCAUUGGAAGGAGGUAGCUGGCACCAGCGAUAAGGACAGUAUAGCUACUAAACUAGUGGUCGAAGUUAAGGAAGAUACACCAGAUGGGUUUUAUCAGUGCGUGGUGUGGUACGGCGCGAUAAGUCUGGUCUCAAUACCUGCGAAGCUUUCAAUAGCCAGGAUAGAUUUGAGCCAGAAUACAGCAGAAAAGCGUGUGAUUACUGCGCCUCUUUACAACACGGUUGUGUUGCAUUGCAAGGAGCCGAUAUCCGAACCCCCCGCUGUUCUGAGCUGGUGGAAAGAAAAUGGAAAGGGUCCAAGGAAACAGUUAGACACUCCCUACGGAGUACUCGUAAUCCACAACGCGACAGCAGCUGACGAUGGUACAUACGGAUGUACAGCCACAAAUGAGUUGAGUGGGCAAAGUGUGGACCUGCCUGAGAGGACGUACUUGAGGGUGCAGCAUGAGGGCAAUGGUGGCGUAAGGUUUCUAGAAACUGAAGACUACGUCGGUACAAAAGACAACGAUGUAUUGACAAUGCCAGUUCGACCGGACGAAGCUCUACGAUUAUGGUGCGGAGUAGUUGGAACACCUCCUCCUAAAGUCACCUGGACUAAAGAAGGCUCACCAAGCUUACCGAAAAGACAUGAACAUGCCCUAACCAUUUCUCCUUUUACUUCAGAAAACGAGGGUAUAUACUCCUGUUCAGCGAACGGCAUCCGUCGAUCAUGGAAAGCCAUAGCCCUCCAGCCACCACACUGGGAAGGUUCUGUGGGUAGUGUGAACGCGUCUGAAGGGGCCAGUGCUAGAGUGGCGUGUGGGAGAUUGUAUGGGCAGCCACCACCAACUGUGCAUUGGUUGUUGAACGCGCAGAUUGUUAGUGGGAAAGGAGUUCAUACUACUGAUUCAGAAUUAUACAUGGAGCGUGCUGAAAAGCGUCACGCGGGCAUCGUACAGUGUAUCGCUUGUAACGCGCUCGGUUGUGCGUAUGACGCCGCCAUGCUUACUGUUGUACCCGUGCAGAUAUCUGAUGCGGAUUAUUCAGCAGAAAUGCCCAAAACAAUGCACAUACCAUCGCAACCUCCGAAACGACACAGCCGUAAGAACUUACGAAAACAUAAAGCGGUGCUAAUAGCGCCAUCCCGUCCGAACGUGACGCGUCUGUCGGACGAAAGUGUCAUGGUGUCGUGGUCGCACUCCAACCACGGCCUGCCCAUACAGUUCUAUAAGGUCCAAUAUCGUGAAGCAAGUAAUUCCUCUGGAGCGCAAUGGCAUACAGCUAACUACGAUAUUCCGGCUUACAUACAUUCGUAUGAAAUCGAUGGUCUGCUACCCGAUAGAUAUUAUAAGUUCCGUAUAGCGGCAGUAUACUCGAACCAAGACAACAAACUCGGCCGCAGCAGCAGCAAGUUCUAUCUCCAACGCGGUGCGAGUCGCGGCCCUCGAGCACCGGCUUUGGACAAAGCGACUGCAUUGUCACCUCACUCUAUACAGUUGAAUUGGACGUGGUCGAGUGAGGGCGGUGUGGAGGCGGAAGGCUUCUACGUGUACUUCCGAGCUGUUUCCUCCGCCGGAGCAUACGAAAAGGUGACAGUAGCUGGUUCUGCGCGAAGCGUGUCAUUAGCGCAUUUGGCGCCCGAUACGGCGUACGAGUUGAAACUGCAGGCGUAUUCUGCGCAAGCGCCGUCCGAUUUUAGUGCUAUACUUGUGGCCAAAACCCAACGUCCCGCGUCAUCAGAGAACAGCAGCAGCAGCACCGCAGCCCCGGCCGGUGACGCGAAGCCCGAGAGCCGCACACUGGUGACGGCGGGCGGAGCCCUGGGGGCAGCUGCGUUGCUGCUCGUGCUCGCUGCUACGCUGCUGCUCUGCAAGAGAAGUAGGAGGCACCCUGCUAAGGAGAAGGGAUCCGCUGAGGGCGGCGGGUACAUCGCGGCCAAAGUGCCCAUCACCAUUACGGCCAACCCGAUGCACUCUGAGGGUGGAGACGCCGGAGUGGAAAUGUCGUUCCUUCACAACAACAACUGCGGCAACAACACGAGCAGUGACGACACAUUGCCACAUUCAAGGAAAAAUGGACCUUCACGACAAUACGUAUAGAGUAUAAAUUCCAAUCGAACAAGACUGCAAUUAAAAAACUACCAUUUUGGUAGUUAUAGUAAUUUUCGAGUGUAUAUGUGAUAGUGCACGGAUUUUGACAGUACAAAAGUAAAAAUAUAUUUAUUUCUAGUUAAAGUGUGGAUGUGGUGUAGCAUUUAUUUAGUUUUAUAUCAUUUUAUGUUCUGAUUAGUAUUAAGAAAUCAAGCCUGAGAGAAAUAAUAUGUUUUAUAAAUUUAUAUCCAAAAAUUUACUGGAGAAUAGCUAAGAGUGUAUGACAUUUACAGGCUUUUACAAAUUUUACAAAAUACAUUAAUUUUUAACUCAACAGUUUAAUUGCCAGGCUAUUUAACUGUAUUUGUUAAGCUAAGUCGUUUAUUUAUAUUGUAAAUGCUUAGAUCUGAAUUUAGUUUUAAGCUACAUUCCCAGUUUAAAUAUAAAAAUGGUAGUAAAUGGUAGAACGUGAUUUAUCGAUGCCCAUUUCAUAGCGCAUUCUCGACAGCUGCGGUCGACGCAAAUUAUAUGGAAACUUUAAAAUUUUUCAUAUAAAAAUAAUUGUUGGUGAUUUAGAUUCAAGAAAAAUGUAUUGGAAAAUAUUGUCUCUAACGGUACGUUCACACAGUGUCGAGUGUUUCCCUACCGUAUCAGUUUUUUAACGGACUUCAAAAAAAAGGAGGAGGUUAUCAAUUCGGCCGGUAUAUAUAUUUUUUUGUAGGACUCUGUUUAGUGGUAUCAGUAUUUCAAUGAAAGAGUUAACACAUGCAUUCAGUUUCAAGAAAGGGAAAAAUAAGGAAUGUUGCUGAAGUUGACAUCAUAUUUUGCGACUACAUACCGAUCCGGCCGUACUGCAAAAUGUUACCCUACGUUCACACGGAGCUACAAUUUGCCGAAUCUUAUUUUUAUCAGAUCUGGAAAAACCGAAUGUUGUAUUCACACAGCACAUCUUGCAUUGUCCUUUUCUAACGGCCUCGUAUCGAGAUCCCGUGUGUAAACACCAUCCGCUUCUUUUUAAAGUGAAACUUUCAUUACAUCGUCUCAAACUUUUUGGGCUGUGUAGCGCAUGUCGCGUGACGCACGAUACGUACGAUAAUUAUCGUACAAAUACGAUAAUUUUUAGUUAAAUUUCUAUAGUGUGAAAAAAAGUUUCACUUUUACCGUGGUUUCAUAAAUCCACACAACUUUUUUUAGCAAGAGUUUUUUUAAUAAGAGUGUAUUGAAUGAGUAUAGUUACCACUGUACCGAAUCUUACAUUUUGCAGUACGGCCUGAUCGGUUUUUAGUCGAUCAUCAGAUGAAAAAUCGGAUGUUAACUUCAGCAAGAUUCUUUUUUUUGCAGUCUCUUGAAACUGCAUGCAUAUGUGUACUCAUUCAUUUAAAUACGUAUACUACUAAACAGAGUCCUGCAAAAAGGGUACGGUAGAGAAACACUCGACACCAUGUGAAUGUACCGUACGGUACUUCAAUGUAGUUCAUCAUAUCGGCUAAUAUUCUCGUGUAAAAAGUAUCAUUUAUAAAUAAUUUGUAUACUAAAUAGUCAAAAUGCAUUUAACAGUGCUCAAAAUUUGUAUGAAUGUUUUUGUUUGCUUGAACUUCACUUUUACAUUA